AUGUCGGCGAUGGGACCGAAAAAGAGAAAGCUAGCGCAAGUGGCCGCUGAGGCCACAGAGGGCGCGUCGACAGCCGAGAAAGAUGCCCAGAAAUCUUUUUUCAAGAACGCCGCGAAUUGGAACCUGGAGCAAGACUACGAAACGAGGCCACGCAAGGGCAAGAAGAAGGAGCCCAAGGAGAGCAACAAACUACCAAUCAAGACGGCCGACGGAAGGCUCGAGAUCUUAAAUAGCCUUGAUGCCGAAGGCGACGAUGUUUCGGUCGAGAGCGACACUGAAUGGCUCGAGGGUCGCGAGGACGAUAUCGAAUGGGAGCCGGAGGAGGAAGAAGAGAAGGCACCCACAAUUCCCGAAUCACAACAGAUUAUCGAAGCGCAGGAAGAAAUGGCAAAGCUUGCCAUGGCACUCAACGAGAAUCCAGAGGACAACAUCGUCUCUCUCAAGACGCUGGCCAAGUACGGCGAGUCAGAAAUCACAGCCAUCCAGAUGCUUGCGCUCAUGACGCAAAUGGCCGUCUACAAGGACAUCAUCCCCGGAUACCGCAUAAGACCCCUGAUGGAAGAGGAGCAAAAAGAAACAACUUCCAAAGACAUCCGCAAAUUACGACAGUUUGAGCAGUCGCUCGUUUCCGGCUACCAGCACUAUGUCAAGGAGCUAAACCGCGUCGCCCGCCUCGGCGUCAAGGCCCGCCCCGGGACGCAGAGCAUCUCCAAUGUCGCCUACACCUGUGCCUGCACACUCCUGACGGCCGUCCCGCACUUCAACUUCCGCUCCGAGCUGCUCAAGACAGUCGUGUGGAAGCUGAGCCGGCGGCGCGUCGACGCCGACGGCCACAAGUGCCUGCAGGCGCUCGAGACGCUCUUCCGGCAGGACGACGAGGGCCGGCCGAGCAUGGAGGCCGUCUCGCUACUCACCAAGAUGAUGAAGUCGCGCGAGUACCAGGUCGACCAGCUUGUGCUCAACCUGUUCCUCGCGCUACGCCUACUCUCCGAGUUUCGCGGCACCGCCUCCAAGGACGGCGUCGACAAGGAGGGCGGCGGAGGAGCGGACGGUGAAGACGGGGGAGCCUCCGCCCAACAACAGCACAAGGGGAAGAAGAACAAGCGCGAGUUCCGCACCAAGCGCGAACGCAAGAUGCUCAAGGAGCAAAAGUCCAUCGCCAAGGAGAUGACGCAGGCCGAUGCGCUCGUUAGCCACGAGGAGCGUGAGCGCAUGCAGUCCGAGACGCUCAAGAUGGUGUUCGCGUGCUAUUUUCGCAUCCUCAAGCUGCGCGAGCCGCACCUCAUGGGCGCCGUCCUCGAGGGCCUUGCCAAGUACGCCCGCCUCAUCAACCAGGACUUCUUUGGCGACCUGCUCGAGGCCCUUAAGGACCUGAUCCGCCACAGCAUCGAGGACGCCGACGCCGAGGGCCCCGGCGACGACGACGAGGCCGGCAAGAACGGCGCCGAAGAUGACGGCGACGACGAUGAAGAUGCCGAGCCCUCGCGCAACCUCACCCGCGAGGCGCUCCUGUGCACCGUCACUGCGCACACGCUCCUCGCCGGACAGGACGCCCACGACUCCCGCAACACCCUCCACCUCGACCUCUCCUACUUCACCACGCACCUGUACCGCUCCCUCCUCGACCUCUCCACCAACCCGGACCUGGAGCUCACCAAGCCCUCGAGCUCCGCCGCUGCCGCCGCCGCCGGCCGCUCUUCGCGCAUCAACGUGCAGACCACGACCGUGCUGCUCCUCCGCUCCCUUACCGCCAUCCUCCUGCCGCCCUGGAACGUCCGCUCCGUCCCUCCGCUGAGGCUCGCGGCGUUUACGAAGCAGCUCAUGACCUCGUCAUUACAGCUGCCUGAGAAGUCGUGUCAGGGUACGCUGGCCCUGCUUGGCGAUGUUGCACACACACAUGGGAGAAAAAUCAGCAGCUUGUGGAAUACUGAGGAACGCAAGGGCGAUGGGCGUUUCAAUCCUUUCAGUGAUAGUGUGGAGGGGAGCAACCCUUUCGCUACCACGGUCUGGGAAGGUGAACUCCUGCGCAAACACUACUCACCAAAAGUUAGAGAAGGGCAUGAGUUGUUGGUAAAGCGCAUGAAUUCAAAAUAG